CUCUAACUUGACAUUAGUUACAGCUCCCAGCUGAAGCACUAGGGCUCCAAGUAAACCACAUGCUCAAUAGAGGGCAGGGACAUGGUGGUGAAGAAGAAGACAGCCAAAGUAGAGGCUGUGGCGUUGGACGAGGAGAAACUGCACAAGCUGAUAGCGUCUCUCUCUGUGGAUGGCAGAGACGAUGGAGUCAGGCAGGUUGCCCAGACCCUGCAGUCUUGUUUGGAGCUGACAGAGCCAGUGCAGCAGAUUCAGCUGGUUAAAAAGGCAGGGUCCCAGUUGGAGGCACUGAUUGAAGAGCAGUUGGACGGCGCUCUUCUAGACGCCUGUCUACACACCCUGGCUCUGGUCUACACCUCCCUGCACGCAAAGAACCCCCUACGAAGAGCCAUUGCCAGUGCCUUGGGCUCAGUACCAGCCUGGUUAUGGGAGCGGACUGUAAACUGUUUGUGUGCCGACUUGUCUGACUGUCUGUCCAGCUCAGAUUCAGAUAAAUAUUCACACAAUGUAAACACCAUUACUGCCUGUUUGGACGGCUUCCCUCUUGGUGAGAGAUGCAUUAACAAACUGCUGCCUGAAAUACUGCAGUUCCUUCACAAGGGACUGAGUGAAUAUCUUCAUCAGAACAGUGGUCUAGCAGGCCGUCACAUUGCCCAGGCCCAGCUGAUGCAGUCCUGUCUGGCUGCAGUGAAGACGUCCAUGCUGGUAGUCCAGAGAUCCCAAGAGACCAUCAGUGCUGCCCUGCAGGCUGAACACGAACACCACAAGAUGGAAGAAACACUAAGCAGUCUCCUGAGCUGUUACAUACACAUCCUCACUGAUGAGGAGUUCAUCCAGUCAGUCCAGAGUACAGCCGGCAUGGCUGUAGUGUUACUGAUCAGGUCCAUCAUGGGCUCUGGAGACGAAGUUGCUUCUGUGGUGUGCAGUUUGUUGCAUGGCUCAGUCCAUGGCUUGGACCCGGCCCCUCAGUGGCUCAAAGAGAGGUGUGUUGGUCUGUGUACCAGUGGUCGGCCGCCGGGUGUCUCUCUGUAUCUGUGUCAUGGGGUUCUGGCUAUGCUGAGCUGGAAAGGUGCCCUCCCAGGACCACGGUGGGAACAGCUGCUGCUGUUGGUACCAAACACGCUGCUGGAUCUGGAUGUUAGUAUAAAGGAGUCCAGUACAGCCAUGGUGGUGGCUCGGGUGCUUACCCUGUGGAGUGGUGCUGCUCUGGACUGCCUGCAGGGAGAGGCGCAGCCCUGUCCCCCCCACCUCCAAAAGUCCCUCGGUGGAGGCUCCGAGCUACAGCGACACCUCCUGGAGCACAUUUACUCUCACUGGGAGCACCCAUUAGACGGAGUCCGCCACCAAACCCGCUCGCUGUUCCACAACCUCCUCCUCCUCCAUCAGCAUACCAACCCCUCCACUUCUGACCCUAGCAAGGACUCUUAUAUCACAGAGCUCACCCAGAGCCUGCUGGGACUAGAGUGGCACAUGAGGGGGAAGUACGGCUCCUUGGGCUGCCUGGUGGAGCUCUAUGGAGCAGGGUACUUGCUUAACAUCCAGCCCCAACUGCCGUCAUGUCUCCUGGGCUUGAUGGGUGAUCAGACUCUGGCUCCUUAUGCCAGUGACCUGCUAGAGAGGCUGUUUGUCAGUCACAAGGCACAGCUGGUGGGUGAGGCCGGUGCAGCAGUAAAGCCAGAGGACUGGAUGGAGCAGUGGCACCAGACAUGGGUAACCCCCCUGCUACAGGUGCUGUGCCGUGCCAGAUUGGACCAGACCACGUACAUCCUGGACUACUUCCUGCCCAAGCUGCUUCGCUGCAGCCGCUCCAGUCUGGCUCACAUGGUGCAGGCCUUGCAGGACACACCGCCCUGCAGCACAGACAAAGGUCCCUCAGGUAGCAGGGGUGCACUGGGAGCUCUGAUGACGUGCCUGCGGGCAGCGAGAGCCCAGGGAGUUGUUCCAUCCUCAGAAGAGGGUCUGUGGGGAGGACUGGUGCCCCUCUCCCUACUCCAACAAGCAUUGAUACAUAAACAUGAUCAAGUGAGGAUGGAUGCUUUGGGUCUGGUGUGUGAGAGCCAUCGCAGCACUGAGGUUCUGACCCAACAGGAAAUGGACCUGAUCCGCUACUUCCUGCUGCCCAAUCUCAACAGUCAGUCCCCGGGUGUCAGACAGCAGACAGUCAGCCUGCUGAAGAAGUUACUUUGUAGAGUGAAGGACAGCACUCAGCUGCUGCAGAAGAAACUGAGUCAGGAGAGAGACCAGGAGCAGAAAGACGGAGACCAACACACACUAAAUCUGUACAAGGAGUUCCUGCGCUGGCUGUGUGUGAGGCUGCUGGAGGUUUUACUUCCUGGAGCUUCCUUUUCUAAAUGCCUCAUGUCCCUCCACCUGCUGUGUCUACUGGGCCAGCUCUUCACCUUCAGCGCUGGGCCUGAUGUGUUUGCCCUCAGUGAGGUUGUGACCUCUGCACAUGCUCAGAAUGUCCUCUACUGUGUUGCCAGCAACUUCCUGGAUGUCAAACAGCUGGCCUCAUCACUGCUACCGCAACUCCCUCCGUCGGCUGUAGGGCUACAGGUUUCGGAGAGGAUGCGUUGUGUCCUUCAGGCUGCUCUGGACCUCAGCACCAGCACCAAGCCUUUUGACAGUGUUACAGCAGCCCACCUCCUCAGCCUGCUGCUGCACCAGCCAGACCUCAGCGAGGCUCUGCUGCAUUGUGCACAGCAGCAGGGCCUUGAUUUCCAGCCUCCCUCCCCACUGGCCCAGGCUUCUGAGACAGUCAUCCUGGAGCUUAACACUCUGGCUGUGGUUCAGUUCCUGCUGUGCUGUCUGCAGUCAGAGGUGUUGAGGGCCGAGACAUCUCUCUUACGGGCUGCUGCUUCCUAUCCUCUGUAUGGCAGAGCUCAUUGCAUCACAGCUGUACUGCAGCAUCUAAACACUGAGAGUUUGAGGCAGACUGAGCAGUGGAGAUGUCUGGUGUCACAGCUGAUUGCUGUGUGCUACAGGAUAUCUGAUGUGGUUUCCCCGGUAGUCCAGAGCUCCUCCCCAGAAGGACUCAUUCCCAUGGAUACUGACUCAGAGACGUCAGUAGGUCUGCAGAGGAUCCUGCAGGAGAUCCAACCCAGGGACACCAAUGACUUCUUCACCAGUGCUAGAGAGCUGGACACACACCAUGGAGAUGAUCACACACACACAACGUCACUGGACACUGGUGGUGAGGGCUACAGGGUGACAGCCCAGAUGGUGCUGGUUUGUUGCUGGCGGAGCAUGAAGGAAGUGGCAAUGCUACUUGGACAGCUGUGUCAGAGCCUGCCUCUGCACUACACCAAUGACAAGGCACACACACACCCAGGGCUCAUCACAGAGGAACAGGUGGAGGGGGUAGGCCUGUACUUCCGUCAGCAGCUCCUGCAGUCCCGUCACCGUGGCGCCUUUGAACUGGCUUAUGUGGGCUUUGUACGCCUCACUGACAUGCUGUGCAGGAGUGGAAGUCAGACCCUACAGCAGCUUCCGGCCCGCUGGCUAUCUGAGGUUCUGGAGGAGGUCAAAUCCAGUGACCCAUCGUCCAAGCUGUGUGCCACACGACGCAGUGCUGGAAUACCUUUCUACAUCCAGGCUCUGCUCUCCUCUGAGCCCAAGUCAUCCAGUUGCAGUCUGCUGAAGAUGACCAUGAGAGAACUGAUCACCCUGGCCAUGCCAUCUGCUGACAAGAACACUGACAGCUCCACCGUCCCUCAGGUCCAUGCUCUGAACAUCCUCAGGGCUCUGUACAGGGACACUCGUCUGGGGGAAAACAUCGUCCCCUUCGUCUCAGAUGGGAUGCAGGCUGCUGUGCUGGGCUUCACCUCUCCCGUCUGGGCUGUGAGGAACUCCUCCACUCUUCUCUUCAGCACUCUGAUCACAAGGAUCUUUGGAGUGAAGAAAGGGAAGGACGAGCACGCAAAAAAGAACAGGAUGACGGGCCGAGAGUUUUUCACUCGUUUUCCCGCUCUCUAUCCGUUCCUUCUGAGCCAGCUGGAGGAGGCUGCCGCCACAGUGGAAAGUGACAGUGGUCAGGUGAAACUACACCCCAGUCUGUUCUUGCUGCUGCUGGUGCUCAGUCGACUCUACCCUUCUCCCAUGGAUGGAUCAUCUUCACCUCUGGGACUUGCCCCUUUCAUGCCCUUCAUCAUUAGGUGCGGUCAUUCUGCAGUGUAUCGGACCAGAGAAAUGGCAGCUCGGGCCCUCGUCCCUUUUGUCAUGGUCACCCAAGUCCCAUCCACAAUCCACUCUUUACUGCAGGAGGUUCCUCCAAAGCCAGGACCUAGACUCCAGCACAACCACAUCCACGGGACUCUGCUGCAGGUGCUGUUUCUUCUGCGCUCCUACCAGACUGACUCACACAGACCCCUGCCAGCAGGAAAUGGCAUCUGCGAAGCUCUCAGUCAGCGUAUUUGGCUCGCCUCUCGGCAGAAUAGCUGUGUGGUAACCAGAGGAGCCUUUCUGGAUGUGUUAAUGUGCAUAUGUGGGCCGAAGAUCAGUCUUCUAGAGGAUUCAGAACUAAGCGAGCUCCGUCAGAAGGCUCUGUCUGUCCUGAUGGCCUCAGACCUGGUCAUCUCCAGCCCUCCCUCUACCACCCUUGGGCCUGGCAGCAACCAGUACCUGCUCAGCCUGGCUCGGGUGGCCCUCAGUGCCAGCGUGGAGAUCCCUGAGCUCUGGAGGGGCCCUCACUUGACAACCCAGCUCCUGCAGUGUCUGCUGCUGUGUCCGCAGUACGAAGUGAGGGAGCUGGCUCUGGCGGGGAUCCUGAGGACACUGCAGGUGGAGGAGGAGGAAAAGAAGAGGAGACACCAGUGGCUGGAUGAGACCACCCUGUCUAACCUGACCAGGCUGGCUCUUCACGAGACACACCCCCAGUGUCUGGCCCAGGUCCUUCAGGUGCUGUAUGUGUUGAGCUCCAGUGGUGAACUCCAAUGGAGGGAUGGUGCUAAGAUUUUGGCCCAGGACGAGGUCCUUCUGUACCUCCUCACUCUGGCUCAAAACUCUGUUCACAGUGUGGAGCUCCACUGUGCUGCCCUGAUCCUGGUCUCUCAACUGGUGGUUCAGCUGGAGAACUCUGACCCAAAGGGUGCUCAUCCAGUGUCUUGCUUAGCUCAAUGGGGGGCACUGGUGUGCUCAUGCUGCUGUGAGGAGCAGCCAGUGGAGAUGAAGCUGAUGGCUGCCAAGGUGUUGGUCAACUGUACAAACACGCUGCUGACCAGCCCUCAACUGCCACUGGGUCUGUCCACUACAGUUUCUCUGUGGGGGAGUCUGUUCACAUUGCUGCAGGAUGAAGACCAGGAAGUCCGAGAUUCAGCCUCUGACUUCAUCUCUAAUGUACCAGCACCUCUGCUCAGUAAGGAUAUGGCAGGUGCGUCCGUGUGUCCUCCAGUAGCCAUAGACUCGGGCAUGGGGCUCCUCUGUCGGCUGUUUGAGCUUUGGGGUAAGGUUCCUGCAGGUUUCAUCGCUCUGACAGAGUGGCUGCUGGGAGACGAAGAAGGCAGUGAUGAGGCAGUUGCAGACAAAGCUUCCAGUCUGGAUGAGGAAGACUUCCUAUUUGAGAAGGGAGAUCUGAACCUGUGGGCCGAGCCUGUCCAGUGGGUGAAGCUGCUUCACAGAAACCUCAGCUCCCUCAUCCUGACCUUCAAGCAAACCCAGCACCCAGGAACCGCAAGCCGGGACCAAGCCCAGCUCCGCAGACUGUCAACCCAGGCCCAAGCCAAAGCCCUCAGCUCCCAGCAGGCCCUGGACUUCCUGCCUGCCCUGCCCCAGUUCUCCUGCACCGUGGAGCAUGUCCGGCUGACUCUGCGGCUCCAGAGGGCCACACUGGCUCUGGAUGUGCUGGAGAGGCUAGAGGAAAUUUAGGGAAAGUCAGAAUUCCUAAUAUUUCAAAGAAGGGAAAGUUUUCAGAUAAAUGAACAACUUCAGUGAUACACAUGAGACUACAGACUGGCUUUGUGGUCAAGUCUUUUUAUUAUCAAGGUAAUGAAGAAAACAAUAGGAUUUUUUUAUCUCUGUACUUGUCGCUUACUUUGUCUUACAAAGUGUUGCCCUCGGUAUUUACCAGAUGUGUUUUAAUUUUUAUGAUCACUGUUCACUGAUGUCUUUUUAAAUAAAUAUUAUGUCUC